GCGUGGUCCCGCCCCUGGCUCCUGGCCCGCCCCUGGCUCCUGGCCCGCCCCGCCUGCCUCGCUUUGCUUCUCGCUCCGCCCCUCCCCCGCCCCGCCUCGCUUCCAGCCCGCCGAGCGGAGCCGAACGCCGGGUCCUCUAGGAAUCUCGGGCCGGGCAGCACCCGCAGGGUUCUGCUGGCGUCCUCCGCUGCCAUGAAGCGGGACCGGCUGGGCCGCUUCCUGUCCCCUGGGGCGGCCCAGCAGGGCGGGGCCUCGGACGGCGGCGGCGGCGGCGGCGGCCGGGCUCGGGGCCGCCCUUCCCUCAGCGGCGGGCCGAGGGUGGACCGGGCGACGGUGCGGCGCUCCUGGGGCCCGGUGGGGUCCUGCGGGGACGCGGGCGAGGACGGCGCGGACGAGGCAGGAGCAGGCCGGGCUCUCGCCAUGGGUCACUGUCGCCUCUGCCACGGGAAGUUUUCCUCGAGAAGUCUGCGCAGCAUCUCCGAGAGGGCGCCUGGAGCGAGCAUGGAGAGGCCAUCCGCAGAGGAGCGCGUGUUCGUCAGGGACUUCCAAUGCCUGCUGGGUGUGGCUGUCCGCCAGGACCCCACUUUAUCUCCGUUUGUCUGCAAGAGCUGCCACGCCCAGUUCUACCAGUGCCACAGCCUCCUCAAGUCCUUCCUGCAGAGGGUCAACGUCUCCCCGACUGGUCGCCGGAAGCCUUGUGCAAAGGUCGGUGCCCAGCCCCCAACAGGGGCAGAGGAGGGAGCGUGUCUGGUGGAUCUGAUCACAUCAAGCCCCCAGUGCCUGCACGGCUUGGUGGGUUGGGUGCACGGACAUGCGGCCAGCUGCAGGGUCCUGCCCCACCUUCAGAGGACACUGUCCUCCGAGUACUGCGGCGUCAUCCAAGUCGUGUGGGGUUGCGACCAGGGCCACGACUACACCAUGGACACCAGCUCCAGCUGCAAGGCCUUCUUGCUGGACAGUGCGCUGGCAGUCAAGUGGCCAUGGGACAAAGAGACGGCGCCACGGCUGCCCCAGCACCGAGGGUGGAACCCUGGGGACGCCCCUCAGACCUCCCAGGGUAGAGGGACAGGUACCCCAGUUGGGGCUGAGACCAAGACACUGCCCAGCACGGAUGUGGCCCAGCCUCCUUCGGACAGCGAUGUGGUGGGGCCCAGGUCGGGCUUCCCACCUCAGCCAAGCCUGCCCCUCUGCGGGGCCCCAGGGCAGUUGGGUGAGAAGCAGGUUCCAUCAUCAACCUCGGAUGAUCGGACCGAGCCUCACUCUGUUGCCCAGGCUGGAGUGCCGUGGUGUGAUCUCUGCUCACUGCGAACUCCACCUCCCGCGUUCAAGCGAUUCUCCCGCCUCAGCCGCCCGAGUAGCUGGGAUUACAGAGACGUCUUGAGUGAAGACGAAAAUGACAAGAAGCAAAAUGCGCAGUCUUCAGACGAGUCCUUUGAGCCUUACCCAGAAAGGAAGGUCUCUGGUAAGAAGUGUGAAAGCAAAGAAGCCAAGAAGUCUGAAGAACCAAGAAUUCGGAAGAAGCCGGGACCCAAGCCCGGGUGGAAGCAGCAGCUUCGUUGUGAGAGGGAGGAGCUUCCCACCAUCUACAAGUGUCCUUACCAGGGCUGUACGGCCGUGUACCGAGGCGCUGACGGCAUGAAGAAGCACAUCAAGGAGCACCACGAGGAGGUUCGGGAGCGGCCUUGCCCCCAUCCUGGCUGCAACAAGGUUUUCAUGAUCGAUCGCUACCUGCAGCGCCAUGUGAAGCUCAUCCACACAGAGGUGCGGAACUACAUCUGUGACGAGUGUGGACAAACCUUCAAGCAGCGGAAGCACCUUCUCGUCCACCAAAUGCGACAUUCAGGAGCCAAGCCUUUGCAGUGUGAGGUCUGUGGGUUCCAGUGCAGGCAGCGGGCAUCCCUCAAGUACCACAUGACCAAACACAAGGCUGAGACUGAGCUGGACUUUGCCUGUGACCAGUGUGGCCGGCGGUUUGAGAAGGCCCACAACCUCAACGUACACAUGUCCAUGGUGCACCCGCUGACACAGACCCAGGACAAGGCCCUGCCUCUGGAGGCGGAACCACCACCUGGGCCACCGAGCCCCUCUGUGACCACAGAGGACCAGGCGGUGAAGCCCGAACCCACCUGAGGACGGCAGUGAGGAUGAGCACCUCUAGCAGCCUGGACUUCACGGUGGCUGUGUCAGCCUCACCCUUCGUGUGCACCCACAUGGGAGGGUCGGAGGGUGCUGCCCGCCCUCGGUGCUGGAGGCGGGCUUGGUGUACGGCUCGAGUAGCCUUCCUCUGCUCUGGGACCAGUGGUUUAUUUUCCUGCAAACACUGAGUGACUUGGGGCCAGACAGUUUAUAAAUAAUUGAUUCCUUUUCCCCACUAAAGCAAUCGAGGAGAUUUGUAAUCCACUUUUUAGUGCAACAAGAACUCCAUGUUAUGCUUGUAAUAAAUUAUUUACAAAGGA